UUUAGCUCUGAAUUUUCGAUCUUUCACUUGGUUUGGGAAAAUAGCGUUCGAUAUUCAUCACACUGUGUUUUCAGAUUUGGAUUUUAAAUUCUGUGGUCUGUUUUCUCAAAACAGUGUAACACUAUUUUGUAAAUUAUGGCCCUUAGAACUACUAGAGUUCUGUAUAACAACAGUUUGAAGAAAUGGUGUUACAACCUCUCCGGAUUUAACAAAUACGGUCUAGUCCGUGAUGACUUGCUGUAUGAAAAUGAAGAUGUUAAAGAAGCUCUACGUCGCCUUCCUGACCAUGUAGUUGAUGAACGUAAUUUCCGUUUAAUUCGGGCUAUCCAAUUAUCUUUACAAAAAACUAUACUACCUAAAGAAGAAUGGACAAAAUUUGAAGAAGAUAAACUAUAUCUUACACCUAUUGUUAAACAAGUAAAGAAGGAACGGGCAGAACGUGAGAAUUGGGAGAAAGAAUAUUAAAAUUAUAUCAUAGAAUAAUUAGUUUAUUUAUUUUAAAAUAGUUAAAACUAUGUGCACUUUUAUUUGUCAAUAAAACAACUGUUCAUUUUCAAA